CAACAUGGCCGCUCAGCACAUCCAACUCCUUCAAAGCCUCACCUUUCCAAAACCUGGAGUCGAUUACGUUCACAACGAGGAGUGCACCCAGUGCUUCGAUAGCCAGGAUGACGAACGAGGGGUAGACGUGUGCUUGACAUGCUUCAACGGCGGAUGCCUCAGCGAGGCGCGGCAUCACGCCCGCUCGCACUUCCAGAAACACCCUGAUCAUCGGUUUACCGUCAACAUUAGGCGCCGCCGAAAGGAGGCUAACGGACGGGAUGGUCAAAGCGAGCCCCCAGCAAAGAUCACAAAACUCGAGGUCGUACCCGAGCGAGAAGAGGACAAGUAUACGAAGGAGACGACUCUGAGAUUUUGGGGACCUAACGCCACCGACGGGCAGGACAUUGAUAUCUCUGAACUUGGGGACCAGGCCGAGCGCGCAAGAAGUCUCAUCACCGCUGUCGUAGAUGCCAAGUUCGCGGCGCGCAGUGGACCCGAGGCAGCGUGGGGUGAGGAAGAACUCGCCGUUUGCGAACACACGCUUCUCCUCGAGCAAUUGCAGCGCGGAUCGAUUCCUGCCGAAGGUCUCGCAAAAUGUCAAUCAUGCGACAUCACCACCAACCUCUGGCUCUGCCUCACCUGCGGUGCACUCGGGUGCGGUCGCCCCCAGUACGGCAUGCCCGGCGCGGGCAACGGACACGCUCUUGCCCAUUUCAACACACACCACAGCUUGGGAGAGGAAGGGCACGCAGCGUGCGUCAAGCUAGGCACGAUUACGCCAGAGGGGAAUGCAGAUAUCUACUGCUACGCGUGCGACGAGCCGCGGUUGGACCCAGAGCUCGCUGCGCACCUAGGGAACUUUGGGAUAAACGUGGCGGGGCAGAAGAAGACUGAGAAGAGUUUGGCGGAGUUGCAAAUCGAACAAAACCUCGCAUUUGACUUUUCUCUCACCGCCGAGGACGGCUCUGCGCUUGAGCCCGUGUUUGGACCUGGAAAGACGGGACUUGCGAAUCUGGGAAAUAGCUGCUAUAUGGCCUCCGUCGUACAAACCCUCUUCUCGCUCCUCGCCUUCCAGUCGCGGUACUACGACUCUGGUUUAUCAAAAGCGGAGGCGCACUGGGCCGCCUGCAGAGAGGCUCUCCCAGCUGAGUGUAUCGAGUGCCAGAUGCUCAAGGUCGCAGAUGGGUUGCUAAGCGGGCGAUAUGCGAAGCCGGACCCCAAUGUUAAACGACCGCCUGCCAAUGUGGAAACAACCGAUGCCCCGCUGCAUCCGGCGCCUGCUGAUGCAUCCCCGGCGCUUGCGCACCAGGCCGGGGUGCGUCCUGCGGGUCUCAAGCGCCUCAUUGGGGCAGGACACGCAGAGUUCUCGAGCAUGCGUCAGCAGGACGCGGAGGAGUUCCUCGGGCAUCUGCUCACGAAGUUGAGGAGGUCGAAUCAUGCGCAAGCUAGUGCUUCUGGUGUGUUCUAUCCUCUCGCUUGCACCGGAACCUCGGGUAGUCGAACGAGUGCAAUGAUAGGCAGCGAAGAACCGACGGAAAUCUUUGCAUUUGGUGUCGAACAGCGCUUACAGUGCGGUAACCCUUCCUGCGGCGGUGUGCGGUAUCGCGUGGAUACUCAGGACGUGCUGAGUGUGGCGGUACCUGCCGUCGAGGUGCCCGCUUUCGACGACAAGGAUGGCGAGAUCAGGAAAGCGUUUGCACCGAUUGAGCUCACGCGGUGCAUUGGUGAUGUUCUGGGCAAGGGUGGGGAGGAAAGGUUGGAAGGGUGGGAGUGUCCUGGAUGCGGGCAGAAGAGCGCCGCAUUCAAGCAGGUCCACAUGGCUACGUUCCCGGAGGUGCUCGUUGUACAUGCGAAAAAGUUCCAGCUUGUGAAUUGGGUGCCGACUAAGCUUGACGUCCCCGUCAUCCUCCCACACGACGACACCCUCACGCUGGACACAUAUCUCGGACAUGGCCUCCAACCGGGGGAGAAGGAGCUCGCAGAUACCCCCGCUGUGGCAGCACAGCCGCAAUUCGACGCAGAAGUGCUCGCGCAGCUUGAGGGCAUGGGAUUCCCGGCGGUCCGGUGCCAGCGUGCGCUGCUCGCGACGGGCAACAUUGGCGCUGAGGCGGCGAUGGAGUGGCUGUUUGGGCAUAUGGACGAUCCUGACAUCGAUGCGCCACUUGAUCUUGGUGGAGCAUCUGGCGGUGCGGCGCCUAGUGGAUCCGAGCCGAGCGAGGAACAGAUCGCGAUGUUGGUCUCGAUGGGCUUUACGCACGCACAGGCGCGGAAGGCACUAAGGGAAACGGGCGGCGACACCGAACGCGCAGUCGACUGGGUCUUCAGCCACCCUGACGAUACCGGCGAAGAUACUGCCCCUGCCCCAGCCUCUUCAGGCGUGGACUUUGCGAAACCCGCGGCACCCGGAACGACGGAUCUCCCCGCACGAUACCGCCUCAAGGCGUUCGUGUCGCACAAGGGCCCGAGCGUGCAUUCAGGGCACUACGUUGCCCAUGUACGCGCCCCUGGGCUCAAAGUUGCGGCCGGUACGGGUGGAGAGGGCAUGGACGUCGAUAAAGAUGAGGAGGGCUGGGUGCUGUUCAACGACGAGAAGGUCGUCAAGGCGGACGUGAAGAGUGUGGAUGAGCUGAAGCGGCUGGCUUACAUGUAUGUGUUUGAACGGGUUUGAAGAUGGGUUUUGGCUGGCAGGAACCCACGGCCGCAUGGAGAGAGGAAACGAGGGCGUGUACGAUACAUUUUGGUAUACAAUAUUCAUGAAGAACGGC